UCACAAUCUGUGGUCCGAAACCCAAUCCAUAGACACUAUAAAAUACCAUAGUGGAGUCUAAAAGACGAAAUCAUCAAAAUAUAUAAGUGUUUAGUGUUGAAGCAAAAUAAAUGCCUAAACGACAGACUCAUACGCGUUACAUUUGCAAGGCUGAGUCGGAAACACCAUCACAGCCUCUUGUUGCUCGUCGCUCAGCAAACUAUCAACCGUCUCUCUGGGAGCACGAGUAUCUCCUCUCGCUCGGUAAUACAUAUGUGAAAGACGACAACGUCGAGAGAGCUAAGUUACUGGAGAAGGAAGUGUGUAAAAUUCUGAACGAAACGGAGGGUUUACUUGAACAGCUAGAGCUCGUAGACAUUUUACAAAGACUCGGAGUUUCUUAUCUUUUCGAAAGUGAAAUCAAGAAGAUUCUAACGAUUGUCCAUGGAAAGAAUGUAAGAGCGCAAAAAAACCGGAUAGAUCAAAGGAGAUGGGAAGACUUAUAUGCGACUGCUCUCGAGUUUCGACUCCUAAGGCAACAUGGUUUUAAUAUCACACAAGAUGUUUUCGACAGAAAUUUCGGAGAUGGUUUGGAUAAUGAAGACAUCAAGGGUGUUCUUUCACUAUACGAAGCUUCAUAUCUCUCAACCAGAUUUGAUACUAAAUUGAAAGAGACCAUAUAUUUUACAACAGAACGGCUUAGAAACUUUGUGAAAAUGAAGAAGACUGAACCUUAUGUUCGGAAAAUGGUAAUCCAUGCUUUAGAAAUGCCUUACCAUCGGAGAGUUGGAAGACUAGAAGCAAGAUGGUACAUAGGCGUGUACGGAGAGAGACACGACAUGAACCCUAUCUUGCUCGAAUUCGCAAAACUUGAUUACAAUAUCGUACAAGUUAUACAUCAAGACGAGCUCAAAUAUCUCUCUAGCAGCUGGUGGAGCAAGACGGGAUUAACUAAACACCUUGACUUCGUAAGAGAUCGAAUAACAGAGAGUUAUUUCUCGAGUGUUGGAGUAAUCUAUGAGCCUGAGUUUGCUUAUCAUCGACAAAUGCUUACAAAAGUUUUCAUGCUUAUCACAACUAUCGACGAUAUAUAUGAUAUUUAUGGAACACUGGAGGAACUCCAACUAUUCACGACCAUAGUUGAAAAAUGGGAUGUGAAUCGUCUUGAAGAACUUCCCGAGUACAUGAAGUUAUGUUUUCUCUGCCUCGUCAACGAAAUCAAUCAGAUUGGAUAUAUUGUUCUCAGAGAUAAAGGAUUUAAUGUGAUCCCUUACCUCAAAAAAUCCGUACGUAUUCUUGUUACUACUACUAUUUAUGCAUGGAUUAAGCUUGUAUUGUUGUCAUUUAGUUUAGUGAUACAGUACAUUAAUUAAGUUUAAUUAGCUAUAAAUGUUGUUAACGUAUCAAUCGCUAGUUACAUUGAAAUU